AUGUCUGACCUCAACGAGCGAGCCUUAACACUGGACAAAGCUCGAUCAAUCGAUCUCACCCAAGAUACAGGCUCUCCCGAGCUGGUUCACGUCGAUCAUACCGGCUCAGAUACAGAACGCAGCCAUCGCACAGAACUUGACACGCCUUCGCUUUUGUCGGAAGACGCCGAGAUGGCGAUUACUCGGAAUGCGAACAAUGAUGAUGGCGACAUUUCUCUAGUAGGUUCUCCAAAGAUCACCGAAAGUACAUCCACCGCCAGCGUCUCGUCUCAUCGCCGAAUCGACUCGGUGCCUCCUCAAAAGUAUAGCGUAACGCAUGACGGGGCUACUGGUCUAUCAAGCAGCCUCGCCUCCGCAUCGCUGUACUCGACUGCUGAAGAGGACGAAGAAGAUAUCACCGUCACCCAUCCUCGAGAUAGCGCCGACUUAGAAGACAUCGAUUCGAGCUCCUCUGCACCACAUUCCUACUCUCAAUCACGCGACGCAACCGCAAUAGACAAAGCCGACCUUAACUUUGUUGACAUUGUCUUGGAUGCCCCUGAACCGAAAGCCGCUCUCGGCGGCCAACUCAACGAAUCCUCCACCGCGUUGGCCGGCUCGGCAAAGACCGCAGAACAGAUUCGUAACGACAACCUCAGCAGCCAAGACCUACAACCCAGUACCAGCACUCCACGAGCGGCUGAUACUGAACAUGAAGUAAUCUGUACAACCAGCUCACGUCUUUCAGCUCACGAGCAGAGCCCACCUCCAAGUCCCGACCAGAGCGGGACCGAAGACAGGCGAAGCGCAGAAGGCCGCUAUCGUGGUCGUAGAAGCGCAACUUGCAGCAGAGCAGCCAGCCCGACACGCUCUCUCAGCCGUAGCACAUCACGUCGUAUCUCUAUGGCUGUACCGCAAGAACCGGCUUCACCUUGCAAUGCUCAUCCGUCGGCACAGCCAGAUAGACGCUCUGCGCCUGUAUUGCUUGCCGCCGACGAGCAUGGCAACAUUAGUGUGGUCUCAGAUAUUCCAGUAAGCCCACGCACGGUCCCUACACGUUUGCCACUACAAGACGAACAGGAAGGCACGCAAAUUAGCGCUCGAGCGCAUGGUGAUACAGCAGCGCAGGAAUCGCGAGGACCUCGAUCCGAUGUCAAACUUACAUCAUUGUCAGACGAGAUCGAGGCCGCAGAAGCUGGAGAGCCAUCCAAGACAUGUAGUUCUGCCGAAAUCCAGCCUGCAGCAUCAUCGCUGACUCCUCCAGAUGCCGGUGGGGCUGAGUCUGGCUCGACCGCUAGACUUUCAGACAAGGCGGAUGAGCGCACCUCUAAAAACCGACGCAAAUCGUCGUGGGCCGGCACGAACUGCGUGGAAUCUAGGACACGUAUGACUACGCUGCCUGCGAAAACGAAGACAGAGGAAAUCAAGCACCGCACCGACUUUGAGCGCAUGAUGAUGGCCGCCAAAGAGGUGGAGCGCAGAAAGCGCGACGAGGAGCAGGAGCGCAAACGCCGGCGCCAAGAUGAGCAGCGCGAAGCGCUUACACGUUGGGAAAAGGAAAUUCUGCCGUCUUGGUCUCGUGCGCGUGGAGAUGCUCAACUUGAACAACUCUGGUGGAAAGGCGCACCGCCGAGUAUCCGAGGCCGCGUCUGGGCACUCGUUAUUGGCAAUCCACUGAUGCUUCCUCGCAAUCUUUUGGAGCAGCACGAAAAAAGAGCGGCUGGAAAAGACAACAAGUCGAUAGACGAGACGAUCCCACGGCGCGUUCUAGAUCAGAUCGACGAGGAUAUAGAGGAGACCUUACCGAGUUGCAAGCUGUUCCAGGCCAACGGGCCGUUGCAUGAUGACCUGGUUCGUCUCUGUCGAGCGUUUGUGCUGGUGCGAAUCGAGCAGGUUGCCGAGCUCGACGUUGCUGGAGACGCCAACAAAGCUGCUAGCCACCAUCAAAGUGCAAGUCCCGCUUUGCACACGCUUGCGCUCGCGUCGAUGGACCACUUGAGUGUGCAGGUGGAGCCGCAGGAUGAGUACGCGCGACGUGGCAUCGACAUCUACCAGCCGGGGCUUGCCAGUCUUGCUGCGGUACUGCUGAUUAACAUGUCGAUCAACACGGCGUUUAUUGCGCUCCUGAAUCUGAUCCACUCCAAGUCGUGGCUGAAAGCGCUGUACUCGCUGCUUCCCACGUGUCUCGCGCGCACACGCACGAGCGCCGACGAUGCUUCACCGAAACACAAAGCGAUUCGCGGAUUCGAACGCGUCUUUGAAACGCUUCUUGCGGACCAGAUGCCCAAAGUGUUUGCGAAUCUUUUGGCGAAUAACGUCAAGCUACAUCGAGUCGUGCUCAGGGAAUGGGUAUCGACGCUCUGGACGCGUUGGCUGGACAUGGAUACCGUGAUGCGCCUGUGGGAUGUGGUGCUACUGGAUCAGACGGAUGCGAUGAUUUACAGGGUUUGUUUGGGCUUGGUGCAGAUAUUGGAAUCGAGGCUUUACGUGCCCGAUCAGCACGAGCUCGAGUCGGUCUUGAGCGGAACUAACAGGGCUGCGCUCGCCAUUUGGAGGAGGGACAAGCAGAUGAGCGGCCAUCAGCUAUCCAUAUCACCACCAACAAGCCAAGUCGACACAACUAGCUCGAGCUCCAGCUCGCUCCACCCUCGUCCAUCAGACAUCACACCACGAGACUACAUCUACGAGCAGUACGGCAUCCAGGAACAUCACAUCUUCGAAACGCUGGAGGCGCAGCAGAACUGGUGGAAGCCGUCCACUUUACAGCGCCUACUCGAUCGCGAGUUGAGCGAGUGA